UCUACUCUCCCAUUAUUUGACUGGCUGCAGGUAUUGGUGUCUGCCUCCGUGCGUGCGUGCGUGUCACCGCAUGCGCGUGUAUGUCUGCGUGCGUGUGUGUGUAUGUGUGUGUCUGUGACAGAGAGAUAAAGAGAGAGAGAAAGAGGAGCAGCGUUUCAUCUCCCCCCCUCUGGCCUCCCCGUCUCCCUGCUCCCUGUCACUCCGUCCUUCCUUCCCUCCCGGACCACCCCGUCAGCGGCUGCGCCGGCCCGGACCCUCCACCCAUCACCCCCUUUGACUCUCCUCACUCCACCGUCCCGCCUUGUCAACUGCAGGUAAGGAGCCGCACAAACAUGACUGGCUGCAGCGCUGCUCCAACUACUCCGAAGAAUCAUCUCCUCAGUAUAAGAAGAAGAAGAAAAUCUUUGAUUAUAUCCACAAACCCCUUUAAAAGAAAAGCAAGGUGUAGGUAGAACUGCACUGGACAGACUGACCUCUCCCCAGUUUUCUGGAAGUGUGACAGCACUUGGUCACAUGACCUGGAAGAGAAAACCCAAGAGACCUUUUGGAUCCCUCUCUGAAUGGGCCGGUUAUCAACCUGGAAAGAAGUCUAAAGGCUGAUGUGCUGAUCCGCACAGCGACACAGCUGCGGUCUCUCUCUCUCCUCCUCCUCGCAAAGUCUGCCUGACCCUCGCCAUUUAUGCCCUGAGAGCCGCAACUGUGCGCAACUCCGGUGACUGGUUGGCUGCCGUACCAUCUCUCUCUUCCUGCUCCUGGGGAUUUCCUGUCACGUGACCAUACUCCUGCUUCUCCUCCAAUCCCAGAAUGGAACCCAGCAAAGUGCAGUCAGAGGGCGGGCUCAAUGUCACCCUCACCAUCCGCCUCCUCAUGCAUGGCAAAGAAGUUGGAAGUAUCAUUGGAAAGAAAGGGGAAACUGUGAAGAAGAUGCGUGAGGAGAGCGCUGCUCGCAUUAACAUCUCGGAGGGGAACUGUCCAGAGAGGAUCGUCACCAUCACAGGACCCACAGACGCCAUUUUUAAGGCUUUUGCCAUGAUUGCCUACAAGUUUGAAGAGGAUAUAAUCAACUCCAUGAGCAACAGCCCAGCCACCAGCAAGCCCCCCGUCACCCUUCGGCUGGUGGUCCCAGCCAGCCAAUGUGGCUCUCUCAUCGGAAAAGGUGGCUCCAAGAUCAAAGAGAUGAGAGAGUCCACAGGAGCUCAGGUGCAGGUUGCUGGAGACAUGCUGCCUAACUCCACAGAGCGCGCCGUGACAAUCUCGGGCACCCCUGAAGCCAUCAUCCAGUGUGUCAAACAGAUAUGUGUGGUCAUGCUGGAGUCCCCACCGAAAGGUGCCACCAUCCCCUACCGCCCAAAGCCCGCCUCCACCCCCGUCAUUUUUUCAGGUGGCCAGGCUUACACAAUUCAGGGACAAUAUGCCAUUCCACAUCCAGAUCAGUUGACCAAGCUCCACCAGUUGGCUAUGCAGCAAACCCCCUUUACCCCCCUUGGACAGACCACCCCUGCUUUCCCCGGUCUGGAUGCCAGUCCCCCGGCCAGUACUCAUGAACUCACCAUUCCCAAUGAUCUAAUAGGCUGCAUAAUCGGGCGCCAGGGAACCAAAAUCAACGAGAUCCGUCAGAUGUCUGGAGCACAGAUCAAAAUCGCUAAUGCCAUGGAAGGGUCAUCAGAGCGCCAGAUCACCAUCACAGGAACCCCCGCCAACAUCAGCCUUGCCCAGUACCUCAUCAACGCAAGGUUCAGAGACGUGGCAGCCAUGUGGAAUGACCCCUCAUCAAUGACUACAUCCUGAAGCCCCAAAACUGCUCUCAUUAUCUGAAGCUAACAGCAGCUGUUUCCCUAUUAACCUUAUGUAUCAGACUCCCUUAAAUCUCCCGGCUCCCCCGAGCCUGCUCUCCUUAUCGAGAAUCCUCCAACGGUAGCUAAAUGUGUAUAGGUGGGCUACUGUAAAAGAAAAAGAAAAAAAUAUAUAUGAGGAAAAAGUGUGGUUUAAUUUUCAUCAUGUUAUGUAGUGUUUGAAUACAGUGUCUCAGCAUGCUGAAUGAUUAGGAUCCUGCUGUGUUACCAUUUAUUAUUUUCUCUUUGAUAGAGUAGUUGAGUAUGGUUGCUUUCAGUUGUGUAGUUCCUUGCCCGGAAAGCUUUAAAAAUAUAUAUAUAAAAAAUGCAAAACAAGAAAAAAAGAAAAAAUAAGCAAAUUUGCUAGCGAACAAUGCUUUUGGCCAGGGAAGAGUGAUGUGAUAACAUCCACAUGAGGAUGUUGUAAUGAGGGGGGAGUUAUUUUAAUCAGAGCAAAUGAAUAUGCCUGACAGAGUGCAGAUGUUUUGAAUGAUUAUGUUUGUCCAAUUAUAUGACUGCAGUAAUGACUGUAUUCUUUUAACUUGUUCUGAAUUGUUUGUGUUUUUGUGAAAGGGAUUUUAUUUCAAGUUUGCCAGGUGCUUGACUGUUUUCUUCUCGACUGCAUCAGUAAAUACAAAUGCAUGAUCAUUAUGCAGGACUGUACGAAAACCAUGGAGCUUACUAGUGAGCUGGAUAGAGCUGUCAAUUUUCUACAAAUGUUUUCAGAAUUAUUUUAUUUUCUCUAUUUUUUCUAUCUCUCCCCCCCCACCCCUUACCUUCCCCACCCCUGUUUCCCCUCCCGUCUUCCCCUGGCUGUUCUAGGCUGACGUCUGAAGUCACUGGAAUGGGCACUCUCUAAUUUCUACCCAUCAUCCUUCACUGCAUCACAUGACCCCUGAGCCAAUGGCAUUGCACCUAGUUUGUUUUCUCUUUCUCUGUACUCGAUUAUCCUGUAUUUUAAGUGAUUAUAGCUCAUUUAUAUUCUAUGAUCUCUACAUAUUUAAAAAUCUCCAGUUCAGUGUCGUUCCUACUGGUCCUGCGUUGUUAUCUUGAUGCUCCCUAAUUUCCCCUAACCUCUUGAUUUUGAAGGACACUUUACUUUUUUGACACUCUAGUACCUUUCAUGUCACUCUCUGGCGCUCUUCUUUGCCAUAGAUUUUCACUGUGAAUUCACAUCUUUCAUCGUACUUUUUCGUUGUUGUUUGUUUGUCCUCCAAUCCAAUUCUCCUGUGAGAUCUGCACUGCUGCUAUCAGAAAACCAAUCACUACUGCUGAUUUCUUCAGAAACCAAAUCAGUAAUUAGUAAAGCAAACAGCCCUGAGGUUUGUAGAAGCUCGAAACCGAAGGCUUUCAUUUUCUGCAGCAGGUAGCAGCGACAGCAGUGCCUCUCACACCUGAAUUGCCCCAGAGAUUGGUGGGUUGUUGCACUCUUGCAUUUUUACAUGUCUGUUUUUGCUGCAUGACACAACACAGACUGUCCAUUAUCAGCCUGCAUUCUGCAUUCACUUUCAGAGCUGCUGACCACAAAAAAACAAACAAACAAGAAAAACAUAAAUAAAUACAAAAAUAGCAUAUAACCUGACUUUUGUGUUCACUGUGUUACAGCAUGGUCAAAGAUCCACACCACAAAUGUAAGUUGAAUAUGACAGAAUUUGUUUGUAGUCUAUUUUCAUACACAAUAUCUUUGUAAUAGUUGGUAAUA